CGUCGCCAUUUUGCGUCCUGGCAGUUGACGUAGCGUGCUGACGACAGGGUGGUUUCUGUAUUAUAUUUCGGUAAAUGUUGCGAAUCAAAGUGUUUUGAAGCUGUUUUUUAUGUAAUUGACCAAGGAGAAACAGUGAAGCAUCAUCAAAUUUGUGCUACCUCAAUGUAAAAAACUGAAGUAUCGCCCCUGGGUCCCUAUACUACGCGUCAUAACCCAGCAACAACAACUUUUGAAGAUUUUCAGAAAAUACUUGCAGCAUAAGAAAGGGACGAGCCCAAGAAGAUGGCAGAAACUGAUCGUUCCACUUGCAAAACAUGGCUGUAUUUUAUUUCAUGUGGCAGUGGUCUUUUUGCCGGAAUAGCAGGAUGCCUUGUUUUUAUAUUUACUUUCAGUAACUAUCAGGCUGGGUUCUUGGCAUUGUUUUCUGCUCUGUUGGCCACGCUGUGCCUGCACCUGCUCAUGCUCGACCACUACAGUCUGCUGGGGGUGUGGUACACACCAGCGAUUCUGCGCCGCAUCACGGUGUUUGCCGUGGUGAUCCUGGUGGCAGCGCUGGGUCUGAUGGCGUGGUACCUGACAGAGGUCGUCACCAAACACCAAGGUUUCUAUCCGAUCGAGACCAGUAACCCGGUGCGCGCCGUCAUGAGCCUGAUGAACGUCAAGUGGUCGGUGACGCUGUUGGCGCUGUCAGUGUCUCUGCGCCGCCGGCUGCUCGGCGGCCCGGCCGCCUACCGCAGCCUGUCCGAGGCGUCUCCGCUCGGCUCACAGGACUCCUGAUCUCCCGGAGCUGCCGCCGGUGACCGCCUCACCGCCGCCCGGUGCCGCGGGUCGCAGAGCGCUGCAGCCCGGCCCGGGGACCGUCCGUGAUAACCAGCCUGGUGAUACCCGCUCGUACCGGGGUGCAUGUAUCCAAUACGCGGGGUCGGUGCUGGCCGCCCGCCCGGCGUCCCGCUGGGGUCGUUCGCCGCCCCAGCCGAUCAUCAGACCACUCAUGGUGUCACAGAGGUAUUGGUAGAACUAGACUAUACAAACAAUGGUUAUGGAUUAGCGGGAUACGGCACUGGCCGGAAUAUGUAAGACAUAAGUGAUAUUUUAAAAAUAAAUUUAGCUCGAAUGCUUGAAUGCACGGAUUGACAGCGGCGGAGCCCACGUGAAGCAUAGCUUGUGGUCUCCGGACCGUAUCGUACGAUCGGGCCAUUCCGGGUGAUCGGGAGGAUUUAGGGUACCUUGUUUGCCCGUCAAAGUCGGGCAUGGUCCGGAUGUUUAAUACAAUGUUAUUAAAUAGCGUUUUAGACGAAGGAUGUUGACUGUUGAUGCGUAGCCGCAGUGCCGGUCUGUGUAUGUAUGUAUGUAUGUAUGUAUUGACACCAAAAGCCUUCCACAUAUGGCGUGGCGAUUACGGCUCUGUGUACUCAGUGUAUCCGCUGCACCUGUGAACUGCCGACUGAAUAGCGCCAGGCCUUGCCCGUUUCUAACCUAGCUGGCUCCCUUACUCAGGCUGUGCCGGUCCGAUUGUCUCUGUAGUCACAGUAUUACGGUUACCACAUUGAGCAGCGAGGCUAGACAUUUUGUGACUGCACUGAUGCAUACUAUGCGUCAGUCCGCUUAGAUGCACAUGUGGACGUGUGUACGCGCCUAGCUAUUGUUAAAUUGAAGUCCCGUUCUGGGGUUAUCACAGCAGUGCACUAUUCCAACUGAGGCGACGAACCCCAUUUACUUGGUUGUCCUCAUGCGCACUGAUAUUAUGCGAUUGAUAUGACUCAGCCACUCGGAGAAUACGGAGCCGUGAGAUAUGCUAUGCGUCUAAGACGUGUUUCUAUUUUUGCUAAAUAUACCGUAUGCAUAGACUG